GGAGGAUUCAGAACCUGCUUUCAGCUACAAAGAGCUCCCAGCCACAUUUCCCAGUCGAGACGCUCAGUGGAGGCUGGAGCUGGUCACCAUGCAGCAUCCAUGGAUACAUACCCGCAGGACACUCCUAGCUCUGUCUCUCCUGCUCUUUCUGGAGUCCUUCGUCCAAGGUUUUCCUGCCCGGAGGGCAAGAUACCACUGGGUUCGGUGCCGCCCAGAUAGCCUUUCUGCCAACUGCAUUGAAGAAAAGGGGCCGUGGUUCAACAUGCCUGAAGGUGAAGAGGGUGGGAUUGUCAAUCCUCCAGUGGAUCCAUAUCUAAUGAAGAGACCCCAGGACACAGUUGAAAAGACCCUUUUCUCUGAGGAAGAGCCUUGGUCUAUCUCGGGCUCAGGCUCAGGCUCGGGCUCAGGCUCUGGCAGCGGCUCUGUACCUGAAAUGGAAACUGAGCCAAUAGAUGAGGAGGAUUUCUACAAUUUCAGCCCGUCAGAAGAUGAGAAUGUUGAGCAAGAGCUAACGGAGGAAGAACUGAUCAUAUAAAUAUGGAAGCUCUCCCCACACUGAAGGCUGACCAGACAUCUUCUGGGCGUUAUAGAAAAGAAACAAUUAGCUCCCGGACAAAGUGCUUUGUAAAAAUGUCACCCUUCUGGAGGAGCUCCUUCAGUCUGUAUCUCUUUUUCCUCAGUGCAAAUCUUAACCAAAUGUACAUUUAUACAUGAAUGCAAUCACCAUCCCCUCUUGUUUGCUCACACAUCUCCGGUCUCCAAGCCUUUGCACAGCUGUCUCCACACCGGGAAUGUAUUCCCUACCUCUACCUCUUGGACUCCCUUCUAGCUUCCCGUAAGGCUCAGCUCACAUGCUGCUGCCUCCAUGAAGUAUUUCCUGAUUCCCCCAGUCUUCUCUCUUUCCUCAAAAAUUUUUGUAUUCACUUAUCUAUGAUACCCAUUAUAUCUCCCCCAUUAAAAUGUAAUCUCCUUGAGGGCAGGAACUGAUUUUUUUUUUCAUUUGAACCCUUCAGUGCUUUGCAAAUAGACGUGUUUAAUAAACUUUUCUCAAACUGAAUAUAGAAUGGUAGAGCUGGAAGAGAUCUUAGAGAUCAUCAUACCCACCCCAUUACACAAGUGAAGAAACUGAGGCUCACAGAGGCCAAGUCACUUGUUCAGCAUCACAGCUAGUGAAGAAGCAGGGGUUGGGUUCAUACAGAGUACUUGGGGUGGCAGGCCCAGUGUGCUUUGCACUGUGUCUGUUGCCACGAUCUCUGAGUGUUUCCUCUGUGUAUAAAAGAGAUCAAACCUUCAUACCGUGAAAUCAUGGAACCCUGUUUGCCCAGAGCAGUGGUGUCAAACUCAGCUAGAGACAGGACCACUAAACAGGACCAUACAUGAGGAUCCGCCCCUGUGGGCUGCCCAUCAACCUAGAAAACCACAAAUUAACUAGGUUUUAUUGUAUUCUUAUUUAUUGUAUUAAAUAUUUCCUAAUUA